AUGACACUUGUUGAGGUGUUGAUGCUUUCCAAGCUGGGACUUGUCGUGUCGCUUCUGGUGGGCACUGCCUUAGCUACACCACAGCUCGCCUUUCCAAUAAACGCUCAGUUUCCUCCGGUCGCUUACGUUUCUCAGCCAUAUAAAUUCGAGUUCGCUGUCACGACUUUUGUGUCUACACUACCACAGCUUGUCUACACCAUUACCGAUGCACCGAAAUGGCUCGUUUUCGACAGUGCAAGUCGAGUCCUGACGGGAACACCACUCUCAAAAGAUGUCGGAACAAAUACCUUUAAGCUAACAGCAGCAGAUUCGACAGGCGAGGCGGCGACUACUAUUACUUUGAUAGUGCUUUCUGAGCUAAGCGUUUUGACGACGAAUUCUCCGGUGCUUCCACCAUUAAAAAAGGCCGGCCCAGUGUCAGCCCGGCAAUCCCUGAUAUUGCAUCCUUCGCAGCCUUUUGAAGUAGUCUUCCCUCCAGAGACAUUCCUGGGAACUGAUUCGAGCACCAACUACUAUGCGGCAUCGCAAAUCCAUUCCCCUUUACCAUCGUGGAUACAGUUCGACCCGUCGCAACUCUCAUUCAAAGGUACUAGCCCUCCUUUGAUUCCGCCCUCACCAGCACCUCAAACCUACGGAUUUGUGAUGAUGGCUUCAAAUAUCCCAGACUUUACACAAGCCAUGAUUCAGUUCGACAUUAUUGUUAACGAUAAUGCCCUUGCGUUCACAACACCCGUACAACAAUACAACAUCUCUAGUAAUGUCCGCUUCGAGACACCUCCACUUCGUUCCUCCCUUUUGCUCAACGGCGAGGCCAUCACAGACGGGCAGAUUGCAAACGUGACUACGAACGCACCGGGUUGGCUCAAGCUAGACAAACGGCAGAUUACGUUGAGCGGCAGCCCUCCAGCUGCCGCUGACAUUAACGUUACAAUUAGUGUCACGGAUACCUACAACGAUAUCGCGAACACGACGAUUCAGCUUCAGCAUGGGGGGCAUAUUGCCAUGUCGAUUGGUAGGAUUGCAUCUGUCAGAAUAAAUCUCGGUCAAGAGUUCUCCUACAGUGUGAAUAACUCGGAAUUUGCUGGGCCAGGACAGAUGACCAUCGAUUUGGGAACCAUGUCUAGCUGGCUUCACUUUGAUGCGCAGCGGCGAAUAUUAUCGGGCUACCCUCCGUUGGACCUGCCUUACAACACAAUAAACAUACCAGUAACGUUCAGGAAUGUCACCAUGGACAUCAUGGGCACUGUCGACCUGCAACCGGUGCUGAUGAAGACCAAAGCCUCUGGCACGUCUAUGAGUGGUACCCAGCCAACAUCUACGACAACACCAAGUAAGACCGACAUUUCCCACAGCACAGCUGCCCGACCCAGCACAAAUCCCAGUCGGCAUGUAACAACCAUCAUAUUAGCAAUGCUUGCCGUGGCAUGCGGGCUUCUCACCAUACUCUGUCUCGUACUAUGGAUUAUGAAACGGAGAAGGGAAAAGAUUCAAGAUGUCGGCGAGCAAGAGCAAGAGCACUAUUUGGGGGAUAAUCAGAGAGGCGAAGAGGCCACGACGGAACGUGCAGAACCCCCGUCGAAUACUCCGCUUCCUGUGCAGUUGAUCAAUUCUCAGGAAGCAGGCCCUGUUCCACCACCAAACGUUGAUUUGACAUGGAAAAGUGAUGUGACGGGGCGACCUAGACAUGGUUCUCCCGGACGAGCGAAUCUGCCGUCAGCCCAAGCUCCUCGAAGCACAUAUACUGGGGGACCACUUGAUAAUCACCCGGUUCGAGGAAGUUUCCCGAACACUGGUGCACUGCGCAAACAAGUCCCUCCGUCGAGACAGGAGGCUCGCAACUCAGUACCUCAAGAGCCUUCGGUCUCGAAAAUUGAUGUGAAUAAGAGAGAGUCACUAAUACCCGUUCGUCAACUGAGGUUGCAAUCUAUAAUUGGUCUUCCAAACAGGAGAAGCGGAGCUGGACAUGGGACCGGCGUUCUAGUCUACUCCGAGGCCGAUAAUGAGCACGAAACUCGGACAACGCAAACGCCCGUGGAGAGUAGGCGGACUACCAUGGUGCUUGACUCAUUCCCGAACCCGCCACAUGAUAUAUCAAGAACGACCAAAGUCCCACCGCUCAACAACUCUGCCGGUCCUUCCCUGCACACUUCCGAGGACAGCAAUCUUACUUUCGAGGUACGAAGACAGCAAUGGCAUACUGAACGCGCUCGGGCACAGUUGGAAGGAGGAGCACGUUUCUCCAAUGCAGGGUCCUCAUUCGUGCCGAGAGGGCCCCGGGAUCGGACGGGGAAACAUGCCGCUGCUCGCCAUACCAAACCGUUGUCUUUGCUAUCCUCGUACGAAGAGAAUGACCGGCCUACUUCGAGAAAACCCUCCUGGUCGAGAUGGUCAGGCACUGGUCCGGCGGCUCACGAUGCGUUCCGGUCCGCAAGUCCGCUGGAUUCGCUGACCGAGAACCUGCCACAGCCCGGGAGAUGCGCCGGUUUUACGAGCGCUGGGCAAUUCGACUCUGCUGCAUCUUCUGACAGCCAGUGGGAAUUUGAAGAUCUCGUCGACGAGGACACGAAUGGGGCGACGCGUCAAUGGCAGACGAAUCGAAAGCCAGCAACCACGCCGCGGCUGCCUUUUGACACUGUCCCAAGCUCACGGCAAAGCACCAGUAGUGAGGUUCCUCCAACACGACCCUCAAGGGCACGACUGUCAGAUGUGAGGAGGAAGCAUGCCAGUGUAGCGGAUGGGGAGCUGAAAACAUACCAGAGUCAGUACGGAAAUUUUCGCUUCAUAUGA